CUCGUUAGAUCGAUACAACGCUUGAGUUCACAUCUCCCGCUGGCGAAGAGCAGCUGCAACCGGAAUCAGGAUAAAAAGCCACUAGCAAGGACUCCAACUCAGAGGCGCCAUGAAGAUCGAGGAAGUCAAGAGCACCGUGCGCACUCAGCGCAUUGCGGCCCACAGCCACGUGAAGGGAUUGGGUCUGGACGAGAUGGGGGCCGCGGUGCACAGUGCUGCCGGUUUGGUGGGCCAGAAGGCAGCCCGCGAAGCAGCCGGCAUCGUGGUGGAUCUGAUCAAGUCGAAGAAGAUGGCCGGAAGAGCCCUGCUCCUGGCCGGUCCACCUGGGACUGGGAAGACCGCUAUUGCACUGGCCAUCGCCCAGGAGCUGGGCAACAAGGUGCCCUUCUGCCCCAUGGUCGGUUCGGAGGUCUUCAGCAACGAGAUCAAGAAGACCGAGGUGCUGAUGGAGAACUUUCGUCGGUCCAUUGGCCUCCGCAUCCGCGAGACCAAGGAGGUUUACGAGGGCGAGGUCACGGAGCUCACUCCCGUGGAAACGGAGAAUCCCAUGGGUGGCUAUGGCAAGACCAUCAGCAAUGUGGUCAUCGGCCUGAAGACGGCCAAGGGCACCAAACAACUCAAACUGGAUCCCAGCAUCUUUGAUGCUUUGCAAAAGGAAAAGGUGGAGGUGGGUGAUGUCAUCUACAUAGAGGCCAACAGUGGAGCAGUGAAGCGCCAGGGACGCAGUGACACCUUUGCCACCGAAUUCGACCUGGAGACCGAGGAGUAUGUGCCGCUGCCCAAGGGCGAUGUCCACAAGAAGAAGGAGGUUAUCCAGGAUGUCACCUUGCACGAUCUGGAUGUGGCCAAUGCUCGUCCUCAGGGUGGCCAGGAUGUGCUCUCCAUGAUGGGCCAGCUCAUGAAGCCCAAGAAAACCGAAAUUACCGACAAACUACGCUUGGAGAUCAACAAGGUGGUGAACAAGUAUAUUGACCAGGGCAUAGCCGAGCUGGUUCCCGGAGUCCUCUUUAUCGACGAGAUCCACAUGCUCGAUCUGGAGACCUUCACCUAUCUACACAAGUCGCUGGAAUCUCCCAUCGCUCCAAUUGUGAUCUUUGCCACCAAUCGCGGACGCUGUGUGAUUCGUGGCACCACCGACAUCGUCUCGCCGCACGGCAUUCCACUGGAUCUGCUGGAUCGCCUGCUCAUCAUCCGCACACUGCUCUAUUCCACCGCCGACAUGGAGCAGAUCAUCAAACUGCGUGCCCAGACCGAGGGCCUGCAGCUGGAGGAGAACGGCUUCGCGCGACUCAGCGAGAUCGGGACCAGCUCCACGCUGCGCUACGCCGUCCAGCUGCUGACGCCGGCCCACCAGAUGGCCAAGGUGAACGGACGCAGCCAGAUCAGCAAGGACGACAUCGAGGACGUGCACUCGCUAUUCCUCGACGCCAAGCGCUCCUCGAAGCAUUUGUCCGAAAAGAACAAUAAGUUUAUGUUGUAAGUUUGUCGAUUCCAGCUGAAUUAUAAUUCCCUUUGCUCGGAUUCCUUAUUAAAAGAAAAAUAAGCAA